AUUCACUUCGCUUGCAGUUGCACGAUGGCGAUCUUCACCUCUGUGAUACGAUGAUCGGUUGAACUAUUCUACAUCAAAAAUUGCGUCUUAGCUCCCAUUUCUGCAUGACCUACCUAUAAACAAUGGCUUUGGCUGCUUGUCAACAAGCAACAGGGUUCAGCUGGGUGCAAAGAAAUAUUGGUGAUUUGGGUUCUAGCACAACAUCAAGGAAACAUCAUUAUGGGUUACCAUGUAAACGUGAUGGAUUUGAUAAGGCAUCACCAAGAAGAAUCACCUUGCCACCACAAAAAAGUAUGAAUCAAACAUCUAAAUAUUGCUCUUCACUUUGUGAUCCAACCACAUUGUCCAUGCAGACCAAGAAUUAUGAACCAUUGAGGAUGACAAAUGAAUCAACUCUGAUCAUAGUUCGACAUGGAGAAUCAAUGUGGAAUGAAAAGAAUCUGUUUACUGGCUGUGUUGAUGUGCCCCUAACAAGAAAAGGUGUAGAAGAAGCAAUAGAAGCUGGCAAGAGAAUUAGUAAAAUACCGUUCGACAUUGUAUACAUAUCAGCAUUGGUUCGUUCUCAAAUGACAGCAAUGCUUGCUCUGACCCAACACUGCGGCAGGAAGGUUCCUAUAAUCAUUCAUGAUGAGAAUGAAGAGGCCAAAGUUUGGAGUCAAAUCUACAGCGAAGACACCAAGAAUCAGUCCAUUCCAGUUGUUAAAGCAUGGCAAUUAAAUGAGAGAAUGUAUGGUGACCUUCAAGGUCUUAACAAGCAAGAAACUGCUGAAAUAUUUGGUAAGGAGCAAGUUCACAAGUGGCGUAGAAGUUAUGAGGUUCGCCCACCCAAUGGCGAAAGCCUGGCAAUGUGCUUACAACGAGCGGUUGCCUAUUUUAAAGACAAUAUAGAACCACAACUUAUGGCUGGAAAGCAUGUGAUGGUUGUUGCCCAUGCAAAUUCCCUAAGGUCUAUUAUAAUGUAUCUUGACAAUCUAACUCCUCAAGAGGUUAUCAACUUAGAGCUCUCUACUGGGGUGCCAAUGUUGUACAUCUAUAAAGAUGGAGAAUUCAUCAGGAGGGGAAGUCCUGCAGGACCUAAUGAGGCUGGUGUUUAUGCUUAUACUGCGAAUUUGGCCCUUUAUAAAGAAAAGUAUGAUGAGAUGCUGCCAUGAACCAUGAAAGGAGGUUAACAAGAGCCUCAAGGUCAAGCUCAUCAUCAUCGUCAAAUGUUGAGUAGGUACCGUUGGUAUCGGUAGUUGGUGGCAUUGGUAGGUUUUAGGAGUAUUCGUUUUCUUCAAGUUAUGUCUCUAUUGAUGUCGUGUGUUGAGUUCUUGUAUUGUUAUCCAAAUAAUCUUUCAAGCACACACCACACUCCACGGACUCCAGGCUAAGUCAUGUCCCCCGCAUCGAAAUGAUCCUGGCACAAAAAGAAAAAAAACGGACCAUGAAGCUCCAUUACUAGUUUGGAUUGUUAGUAUAUCACGGGCCAUGGCGGCUAAAGUUGGAAAUU